UGUGUCGAUCACAAACACGUGUUGCGAGUCGCGGUAGUAGUGAGACCCCCGAGCUUCGCUGGUUAUUAGAGCGAUUUAUUUUGCUUAUUUGCUAAACUCUAUACAUUUUUCUGUUUAGUUAAAUAGUACUGUCCUCCGUGAAGCUCUUGCCGAGAGGACCCGCGUGUUUAUAAGUUGAUCACCGGCCAAAACACAACAAACAUAAUGACUGAAGCUGAAGUGAAUCCUAAAGCCUAUCCUUUGGCAGACGCCACGCUCUCCAAAACCAUUUUGGACCUGGUGCAGCAGGCAGCGAACUACAAACAGUUGAGAAAAGGGGCUAAUGAAGCCACCAAAACUCUCAACCGUGGGAUUUCGGAGUUCAUUGUGAUGGCGGCUGAUGCUGAACCUCUGGAGAUCAUCCUGCACCUUCCGCUGCUGUGUGAGGAUAAGAACGUGCCGUAUGUGUUUGUGCGCUCUAAACAAGCUCUCGGACGUGCAUGUGGAGUGUCGAGACCCGUCGUUGCCACAUCAGUCACCAUCAAGGAGGGAUCGCAGCUGAAGCCUCAGAUUCAAUCUGUGCAGAUGGCUAUUGAAAGACUCCUAGUUUGAGCUCAGAUUUAUUUUUACACUUUUGUUUUCAGGUUUUAUAAACGGUGAUCUUUGUACAAUCCUUAAGGAUUUUUUUUUUUUUUUUUUUUUUUUGUAUGUUAGAAUCAAUGUUGAGUGUGUUCCUCAGCAAUUGACAGCCGAAAUAAAGUUCGGUUAAAAUGAAAUGAUUUGUGUGGGUUGUAUUUUUAAAAGGGAAAGAAAUAGUCUUCCAUUUUUUUUCUGUGGUUACCUAAUGCAAAGUGGAAAAAAGUGCACAUUUCGUCCCCAGUAAAGUGAAUAUAAAACUACAAUAAAUACUGUCAGAUGUGCACAAAUGAAAGCAGAUCAUUCUUUUUAAGUGUUUAGUAAACAGUGCUGUUCACUAUAGUAAGUCCACUGCACAUUUUUAGUAAAAUUAGAGAUUUUUAACAUAAGCUGAUUCAUUUGGCAGGGGGGAGGAAGGGAGAAGAAUGGGCUGGGAAUAUUGUGCAUGGUAAAAUUAGGUAUAUUAAAAACUGCAGGUAUAUGUAGUUUACAAAGUAAUAUUUAUUUUUUAAUGUAACAACGGCAGGCAGUUAAAUAAGUGUUUUUAACCAAUAAUUUUUACAUUAUGUUUGCAGUUUAUAUGUUUUAUGUAUCUUUGACAAUAGAUGACAAUUGCCAGCCAGUCAGCUACUAAUCAUGAAAAAUAAUAUUCUGUCACAUAUUCUG